ACUGUGCACAGGAUGGUUUUAAUAACUGCUUUUACAAACGGGUUAAGCAACAUUCUUGACGUAAACCAUGAGCAACGUUUGAAAUAGUUAGAGUGUGGUCACGCAAGACAGGUGUAGGAACAUUUUUAGAGACGAGAAAAGGAGGCAGAACAGACCAUGGUAGUUUGCUUAAAGCCACACACUGGGCGCAGUGUUGUUCAUGAAAAUACAGCAUGAUGCUCUUCUUUCUCUUCCUUGUCUUUGGACUCCUCUCCUGCACUUCAAGCCAAAUAUAUUGGCAAUAUCACUUCAUAAACAUAAGAAAGAACUGGACUGAGGCUCAGAGUUUCUGCCGGGCGAUGUACACAGAUCUGGCAACUGUAAAUAAUAGAGAUGAGAUGAACAGCUUGCUCAAUAACAUAUCUGAUGUGUCACAAGAUAUGUAUAUUGGACUUUAUAGAAGUCAAGUGUUCAAAUGGCAUUGGUCUCUGACAGACGGUUUCUUCAAUGGAAGUGAUUCAGUGUUUGAAAACUGGAAACCAGGAAUUUCAGACGGAAAUCACGAGGGCUGUGCCGUAAUGCAAAACAGUGGGCAGUGGAUUAAUGAUAGCUGUGAUUCAAAGAGACAAUUUGUUUGCUUUAAUGCAACAGCCAGUAAAAAGUAUAUUUUGAUUGAGGAAAGCAAGUCCUGGAGGGAGGCCCAAGAAUAUUGCAGAACCUUCCACACAGACCUCGCCUGUCCCAGAGACUCCUCAGAAAAUCAGGAUGUCAAGAACAUCGGCAAGAAAGAAGUGUGGAUUGGACUAUUUAAAGACUCUUGGUCAUGGUCGGAUCGGAGCAACACGUCCUUCCGUUUCUGGAACUCCAGUGUGAGCAAAGGCCAGGAUUGUGCUUCAGUGAUGGUGAACCAAUCAGGGAGAUGGAAUGAGGUCCCAUGUAAUGUCUCUCUGCCCUUCAAAUGUCAUGGUGAUCUGAAAUCUCAACCAACCACUGAACCAGUUACACUACCAGCAGACGGUCAGAAUCUGAACACAUCAUCCUCAGCACUUUCAUCUUCCCCGCCAGCAACACAGCACAUACCACCUCAAAAUACAACAGAGAGGCAAAAUACUUACACACAACCAACACAAACACUACAAACAUUCACAAUUAAUACUACAGUGGCAGAGCAAGACAGCUUGAUUCUGGUCUAUGAGAACCUGACAUGGAUGGAAGCUGUGAGUUACUGCAGAAAACACCAUGUGGACCUGGUCUCCAUUCAUAGCCAAGAGCCUCAGGACAGGACAGCAAGAAAGGCCACCCAGGCCUCCACCUCUUAUGUAUGGAUGGGUCUCCGUUACACGUGCGAUUUUAACUUCUGGUUCUGGAUAAACAACAGAGAAACGGGCUGCUACCAGAACUGGGCGCCCGGCCAUGGGCCACAUGGUUUUGAGCAGUGUGGACUGUCAGGGGCUAUGGAGUCCACCGGGGAGCACCGUUGGGUAGGGAGACCAGGGAGCGAGAAGCUUAAUUUCAUCUGCUACACUUGUGCCAAUUCGUGUGCUAGUGAUGUAACAAUAGAAAACAAGAACACAGGUUGUGUAUAGUUGCUCGUAUGGUGUGAUAUGCAAAAAUGUAAUAGAAAACGCAAUAAAAUGCAUACAGUAUAAAAAUAUUGGGAACAUCAUGAGUACAGAUAUAUCGAAAAGGUUUAUUAUUUUAUUAUUUCAUAUUAUGCGUAUAACUUGCUAAUAUCAUGUUAAUUUGUACAAAUAAAAGUUUGAAGACCUAAUUUUUGGAACUUCAAACACUACAGCAUUCAACCAAAGCACUUUAAAUGCGUAUAAAAUGUAAAACUCUAUUGCAAUACUGUACACAUACAGCCACGGAAAACAUUAAGAGACCAUUUCAAACUUAUUUUAAGUUUUUCUGAAUUUACUAUUUAUGUGUUUGGGUAAAAUGAUCAUUUUUGUUUUAUUCUGUGAACUAACAAUAUUUCUCUCAAAAUUAAAAAAAUGUAUUGUUUCUAUUUGCAUUUAUUUGCAGAAAAUGAAAACUGGAGAAACAGAAAUGAUGCUCUGUAUUUUUCAGACCUCAAAU